AUGAAUGACACCCCUCCCGCCGCUCCAAUCAGCCCUACAACCGCAACUGCCAACGGGCCAACUAGCUGCACCGUCAGCGAGCAAACCCGGACGCCACAGAACGAACUUAACGGGCCCCCUAGCAACCUUCCAUCACCUCCAGCUACAGCGCCAACCACCCAAAACGACCUCCGCUACCGCUUCCUCAAAGGCGUCGGCAUUUCCGUCUGGCAAUGCUCCGGCGAUCUUGGAUCCAACUGGACGCGUUUCGCGAGGGGCCGCUGGCCGCUGCGGCACUUCGGCGUUCGGGCGGUGCGCGGCGGCGUUGGCAUGGAGAAAGCCAACGGCUUCUGGGACAGGUACGAGGAGGACAUCAAGUUAGCUGCUGACCUGGGGUGCACCUCCUUCCGCUUUUCCCUGGAGUGGGCGCGCAUCGAGCCCGAGCGCGGAGUCAUUGACAUGGAGGCCGUACGAAGGCGCGUGGUAGGGCUUUUAACAGCACGUGCUGACGCUGGCCUGCGUGGUGUGAUGGUUGUGCUGAUGGUGAUGAUGCUGGAUGCGGUUGCGCGCGUGUGUGUGGGGAACGCCUUUUGGUACCACCAGAUGUUGGACUGCAUGGAGGCUCACGGACUGGAGCCCAACGCAACCCUGUGGCACUUCGUACAUCCCACGUGGUUCGAGGACGCGGGGGGGUUCACCCGGGAGGAAAACAUACCGGCGUUUGUGGAGUACAGCAAGCGCUGCUUCGAGUGGUUCGGAUCCAGAAUCCGGUUGUGGGCCACAUUCAACGAGCCCACGUGCUACCUCCUACUCGGCUGGAUCAUCGGAAUCUCCCCUCCGGGCCAUUUCAUGAACGUGGCUGGUGCGGGUCGCAUGCUGAGCACCAUGCUGAAGGCGCACGUGGAGGCGUACCGGGCCAUCAAGGCGAUGCCGGGCGGGGAUAAGGCCCAAGUUGGCCUCGUGAACCACCACAUUACCUUCGAGGCGGAAGCGGACGGCAUCUUACACGGUGUCGCCAAGGUGGUUGCGGAAUGGAUGACGUACUGGGUGGGUUGCAAUGUCAUGGAGCAUUGGAUGCUGACGGGCGAGUUCGUGUGGAAAGUGCCGGUGCUGGGUGUUUGGAAAAGGUGGCGCGACCCAGCCGGCAAGCCACCGUGCGACUGGUGGGGCAUCAACUACUAUUCACGCGGCGUAGUUAGCUGGUGUCUCACGCCCACACAUCGACAACAAGAAGUCAUGACGGACAUGUACUACCCCAUCUACCCCGAGGGAAUGUACCGCGCGAUUAAGAGAUGCUCCGAAUUCGGUAUCCCAAUGUACAUCACGGAAACCGGAAUUGCGGAUGCCAGGGAUGAUCGGCGUGCCGCUAUGAUUGAGGCCUACCUGCAGCAGGUGCUCCACGCCAUUGCGGACGGCUGCGACGUGCGGGGAGUGUACUACUGGACGCUGGUGGACGCGUUGGAAUGGGCCACGGGCUACACGAUGAAGUUCGGGUUGUACUCGUGGGAGCCGGAUGGCAGUGUGGACCGCAAACUCAAGGAGGGCAGCAUCGCACUAAAGCAGCUGUACCACAGGCUGCCGGACGCCUUGCCUGCGCUCCGUCGAGUCGCGCGCGAGCGCAUCAUGGCGCAAGAGCUCGAACGUGUGUCACACGGAGGGCGCUAG